GUAACGUGUUUGUUUUCUUCAUUAAGCACAGAUCCGGAUCAAAUGACGAAUAAAUAGCGUUGGAACGCACAACAGUUCUGUUCGAGCUCAGUGUUCACGACACACACUUUUAUUGAUCAGAUACACACGACAUGAGCAGCUGUCAUGUUUUCUGUUGUCCAAACAUCAUGAACCCCGAAGGUAAGAGAGUGCUGAGGAGUAACGCUGUGCUGUACCUGCGCAGGUGAUGAGAUUGGACCUGGCUGCAGUCGGAGCGCUGAAGCUUUGCUGUCUGUCGGUUCUGCUGGCUGGUUUGAUGCUGCCGGUGCUGCGGCGGCUGGGAUUGAGAGUGUUCUCGAUGGCGUCAGACUCGUAUUCGUCCGGCACACACUCCGCAGCUUUCGUCACCUGCCCCAACGACACGGUGGCCAAAGAGCUGGCCAGGUACGAGUGGCAGGGGAAGAUCGAGGAGGACAGUGAAGUUCUGCUGAUGAUUAAGACGAGAAGUUCAACGAUUCCUGCUCUUGCUGAAUAUGUCCGGUCGAAGCAUCCGUAUGAAGUGGCCGAGGUCAUCAGUUUACCCAUCGAUCAGGGAAACCCGCCGUAUCUCAAGUGGAUCGGAGACAUCGUGCCCGAGUGAAGCGCCGUCAUCAUACAGCAAUUGCAUCGCAGACUAUACUCUCAUCAUUUGAGUUCUGUUUCUCUCCACCAUAAAAUGUUCUUUGCAACUGCAGUGAAUAUUAAAGAUUUUGUUCCAGAUUAACAGUUUGAUAUGAUCUGUAUUAAAAGGUAACUGUCAGCAAAA